AUGGUAGCAACAAACAACGGUCAGGUUGCGAUGACGAUUCUCAAGGCUCGCUUUGGAAGUGAUGUGCGAAAAUCGAUGCUACACCAUGCGAACGAUCUCACACUCAACGACCUUACCCUCAUGAUUCAAAGGAUUUUCAAGAUUGGAUCUGCUGAAGCCAUCGUGUUGAAGUAUAAAGAUUCGGAAGGUGACCUGAUCACGUUAUCUGACGAUUCUGAUCUUCUACUUGCCUUACAGUCGGAACAAAAUUUGAAGAUCGAUGUCUCACUCGAUAGUAAGGCUAUCGCCGAACUGACCGACAUACAGCAGCAAGUUGUACAGAUUCAGGUCGGUCAUAAUUUUUUUUAA